AUGAAAGUGUUGGGCCUCUUUGCUGCACUCGCUUGGGGUCUGCUUCUCGCCUCCACUGGAGCCUCUACUCGGUGCUCCACGUGGUCGUCGGCCUACAACAAAGUGCUGGAAGGCGUCUGCGUCUGCAACGUGACCCACUGCGACGCUGUUGUCGGUAACCACACGCAGCUGAGAGAGGGGCAAGUGGGCGUCUACACGACGUCUGAAGCCGGCGACCGCUUGGCGUACACAGUGGUCGACAUCGACGCCUCGACCGUCGGCGAACCGACGUACACGAUCAAUGUGCUCGCGCAAUUCCAGACGAUGCUCGGCUUUGGCGGUGCCUUCACCGACGCGGCAGCCAUCAACCUGUACAAGUUGGUACCGGAGCUACAGGAGGUCGCCCUCAGUCAGUACUUCGCCGACUCGGGGCUGCAGUACAACAUGGCGCGUGUGCCGAUCGGCUCGACGGACUUUUCGAAGCGAACGUACACGUACAAUGAACAAGCGGACGACUUUGCCAUGACCAACUUUACGAUCGCGUCCGACAAGGCGCCGCUCUCGAACAAGAUGGACCUCAUCCAGCGUGCACGGAGCAUGGCCAACCUGACGUUCUUUGCGUCGUCUUGGGCGCCUCCGCUCUGGAUGACAAGUGGUCAAUCCGUUGUUGAUUGCAAGAUCAAGGGCAGACCUGGAGAGAAGUACUGGGCGGCGCUGGCACUGUACUACUCCAAGUUUUUCGACGCGUAUAAGGAUGAAGGCAUUGAGUUUUGGGCUAUGACAGUCCAGAAUGAGCCUGAGAAGCCCCCUAUUGCGAUUCCCAACUGGGAGACACUGCGAAUGACCCCUGAAGAAGAAAGGGACUUCAUCAAACUGGACCUCGGUCCAUUGAUGGCAAAAAACCACCCGGGCCUGAAGAUCAUUGCAAACGAUGACCAGAAAAGCGGACUGCUGGAUCGGUCGGCACCCUUUGGCGACCCUGAGUCGAAGAAAUACAUCAGCGGAGUCGCCUUUCACUGGUACAAGAAUUUAGAUUUCAUUCUGCCUGGCGCUGGCGACUAUCACGACUUGAGGAAGUUCAACGAAGCGUACCCUGACAUGUUCAUGCUUGCAACGGAAGCCUGUGAAGGAUAUUUGCCCCGUUUCAUCGGCACGGGAAAAGGGACUGCGCUGUAUGAUCCUGCACGAGCUUGGAAGCGUGCGCAGAAUUACGCGCGUGACAUCAUCGAAAACAGCAACAGUAUGGCUGCCGGCUGGGUUGACUGGAACUUGUUUCUGGACUCGAAAGGAGGUCCGAACUGGGCGGGAAACUUCGUGGAUGCGCCCAUUAUUGUCGAUGAGAAGAAUGGCAAGGAGUUCUACAAGCAGCCAAUGUACUACAUCAUGGGCCACUUUUCCAAGUUCGUGCCGCCGGGAUCGAGACGCAUCGAGCUGGUAGAGUCGAAGACGCUGAGCGACUUCCACUUUUGCGCAUUCGUGACACCAAGCAAUCAGAUCGUGAUGCAAUUCUUGAACCGCGAUCGGUCGGCGGUGACUCUUAGCGUGAAACAGCCGGACUCGCACACGUUCACACUGACGGUUCCUGCCAAAUCGAUGCAAACAGUGAUUCUGCCUGUGUCGAAGAACAGCACUAUUUUGUCCGCAGCGAAGGGCCUUGUGGUCAUGCCUGCGUCGGAGGCCACUACGCUGUCGGGCGCAUCGAAGGAAACUUCAUUCUUUUCGUUUUUCUUUUGA